AUGGCUUUCGAGGACAAUCUUCGUGUCCAAUUGACAGCUCGUCUGAAUGAGUUUGUCAAUCGCGCCAGGAGCGUCAUCGCCACCGGCACGCCGACCGAGACUUAUCAAUUCCAGUGCCAAACCCUCGAUUCCCGUAUGCAACAGGAGAUCGGACGCAUCAGAGAGGGUAGCACGCCGCUCGAUUACCAAAAGCAGACUCAGAAGAUGAUGCAGCUUGGUAUAGAGAAGGCCAGAUUGAUCCAGGAGCACAAGGACACUUUCUCUGCGAAGCAGAAGGAAUGGCUCGAAAACGUAGCAUCGGCCAUAGCCGGCUUUUCCAACGAGUAUCUGACGCUGGGUUUCGUUCCAGCCAAUGAAUGUUCUUCACAAGGAACCGAUCCUCCAUUUGAGAGCAACUCUGAGAUAUCAAGGCAGGCGCGUGGCUCCCUUGAAGACACCACUGUUUGUCCACGGGUCAUGGUUUCUCCACUCCCAGAAAGCUCUCAAAGCCCAGCCAGAGAAUCAAUUCGCCACUCGGAAGCCGAGGAGGUCCAGAACAAUGUCGCGUCACCUGAGAACAACCGCCCGCGACGUGCUAGCACCAUGAACAAGCGUCGAUUCAGCGAGCCGACCCGCACCGUCACCACAAUAGCUUUCGACGAUGUGUAUCAGGAUGGGCAGGCAGUAAUCAAGUACACAAUAAUCGAAUGCGAACAUUCGCUUACCACUGACGCGAGUGUGGAAGGACGCUGGUGGAUCUUGCGCUGUGAGGAGCACGCUCUACAUUACGCAUUUGCCAAGAGGGGAAACCGCUCAGGGCCUACCAGACAUCUCAUCCAGAAACAUGGAGAAGACAGCCCAGAUUGCGAAAUCAACAGGCACAUCGACGUUUUCGGGGUGCUUGUGUUGGGAUGCACCGCUGAGCUUGCCAAGAAGAAUAAUGACGAUGUCGAAGCCGCCAUCUCGAAUGGGUAUGACCCGAAGACAGCAGCGAACUCUGAACCCGUCAGUGUGCGAAAGAGACGCAAGACAAGCUCUGAAAACGAGGGAGCUUCUGGCAACCAACCAAUCCUCGACCCCGAGUUUGGCAAGCUAUAUAUGGCGCGCUGGGGGACUCAGAUGUUUGUCGUCGCGCUUCUUCCGCUUCGCAAGUUAUCGACAUUGAUCCCACCCAGGGAGAUGGACGUAUUAAUGAAGGCCCCUCCAAAAUGUUACAACUAUGACAAAGAGACGGGACUGCUUAGCAGAUGGGCUCCUGGCUUCGAGGAUGGUGGUCCCAAGGUCAAGCAGAGAGCGUUUCCUUUCCGAUGUUUUGACAACACCGAGGAUAUCGGCCAAUGCAGCUUUGCCUUGGUCAAGGCUUCGAGCCUUCAUGAGCUUGAUAUGUCGAAAGUUUCUCCACAAUAUCAUUCCGUGGUCCAGGAGUACGAGGAGAAGUUUUUGGAACGCGAUGCUCGCUUCAAUGACUCUGAUUACUCGGACGGCAUUAGCGACACCAGCCGCCUCCAGACACCCGAACCAACCGAGGACGCUGCCAUUGCCGAACAACUCCAGAGCGAGAUUCCUAUGUCCAAGAAGCCGACCGGCAUCUCCGAAUGGGCGGGUGCUCCUCCCGCCUCCGAGGGCGGAUUCGCCUUUGCACACGGCGAGUUCUUCGCAGAGGCCACGGGUCAGAACCGCCAUCGCCGUGCCACCAUCCCCGAGCUGAAGGAGCAGAUCGCGUCCGGUACUGACAAAGACCAUCCCGCCCACUGGUUCGAGGCUCAGCUCCUUCACUACGGCCUCAAGCCAUCAAAGACAAAGUCGGUGGCCCGGAUGCGCCUGCUCGACGCUGUCAAUGGUAGCGACCUGGCCGUCCCAGACCACAUCUCCAAGUUGGAAAAGAAGCUCAAGACUGCAUGGACCAAAAGCGAGAGGGAAGCUAAGAAGACAGCCAUUACCCCGGCUGCGAGUAAAGCCCCCGUUAGCAGUGCCAAGGCUACAGGAGGAGUGAAGAGAAAGGCAGAGCCUGAGAAGUCAACCCCACGAAAGAAACCUACGGCAAGCCAGCCUGCUGCAAGCAAGGCCAAGCCCGCUCCUGCGAAGCCAGAUGAGCCUACACCGAACAAGCCCCGAGCGAAGCAGACGGCCAAGCGUGGCGGCAUUGCUGCAAGCGGGCAGAGUCGAAGCUCUCCUGUCACCACUGCAUCACCAGCUUCUGCAAUGCCAAGGCAGACAGCCCGUCGCGGUGGUGUUGCUGCGAGCGGACCAGGUCGAAGCGCUCCGAUUGCCUCUACAUCGCAGGCAUCCACCAGGCCGAGACAGACGGCCCGUCGUGGCGGAUCUUUCGCGACUGGGAGAAAUCCGCCUUUCCAAUCAAAGGGCUUUUCUCCAGGAGCAAUUGAGCUCUCAAGCGACGACGACGAUCCCCCGCCACCAUACAGCAUGGUCGAGGAUAAUGAACUCGCCCCCCUGGGACUGCUGAACGGAGAUUACCACAUUCGCAGCUCAGACGUGACAGAGCAAUGGUCCCAUCUCGGUUCCGAGUUUGACUUGACCCUCACCAUAUCCGGCAGGCAGCUCUGGGGUCGCUUCGAUCUGGGUGUCAUUGAAGGGAUCAUGCAUUUCUCUGAACGACCCUGGGCUUCGUCUGACGAGGGUGUAUCGUUCACCUGGCGUGGCCGCGAGAACGAGGGACCCAUACUCUAUGGUGGCCGCAACAAGGGCGAAAUUCGGUUUCUGGGCGGUGGUGUCAUCGAGGGUCGAUUCGACUACCAACGCAUUGAAUUCCACGGUCGCAGGGUGCCCGAUCAAGGAACAAGGAGCUCUGUUAGCGCGUCGGAUAUGGAGCGAGAAUGGGAUGAUUAUAAUGAGGAUCGGUAUGAGCAAGAGAAUCGAUCUCGUUGGUGGUAG